GGAAGGUGAAGCGGAUGAGGACGAGGCAGGCGGCGCUCGAUGUUGAGCUGUCGGACGACUGUCUGCGGCGGGAGAUCGAGUGGAUGACGGACGAAGAGCUGCGGGAGCAGAUGGCGGCAAUCCCCCGCCCUCCGUUCUCUACCCUCCUCGGGGAAAGCCGCCGCCGCAACCGCCGGCUCCUCCCGCUGCUCGAGGCCGAGGCGCGGCGCCGGGGGAUCGAUCCGCGCAUGCGCUCCAAGGUUGUUGCUGACUGUAAUCGGGGGAAUGCUCGUCCUCAAGCGUCUAUUGUGUACGAUUUCGAUACUGAUGAUGAGCAGGCAGAAGAUGUUGCUCGCAAAUACAAUAAGUCAUCUCCCAUUCGUCCGACAAAUGAGAACUAUGGACCGCUAGGUGUAAAUACACGCAGAAGCGUUAAGCAAACUGGACGAAGGGCACCUAUACCACCGGAUAGUAUGUACUCAAGCAAAUCAUCUUCUACGACCUCAUAUGGGAACAAACAGAGAGUGCGUGCCAUUGAUCCAGAGGAACAUGAUAAUAAAAAAUGUCUGCCAAGUAAAAAUAACUACACCAGCUAUUGUACAAAGAGGAGGAAGACACCGCACCAAUAUACAUCUCCAUUACAUUUUCAAGAGGUUCAUGAUGUGGUUCUCUUGGAUGAUGAAGAUGUGCAACCUGAGGAACCAGUAGACUGUGUGGUGUCAGACAAAUGGAUUGAGAAAAAAAUAUACUACCCAUCAAGUGAUGAUCCAGAAGCUGUAGAGCUCAGCGGUUCAGAUAUUAAAUGUCUCAGUCCUGGAGUAUAUUUGUCAUCGCCUGUGAUAAACUUCUACAUUCUAUACAUAAAAAGGGAGAGAUUCCAGAUUGAAGAUGGCAGAGGCAGAUUCCACAUGUUCAACACAUAUUUUUAUAGCAAGCUUCAAGAAGCAUUGUCAGGGAAGGGUGAGUUCUUGAAGUUGAGAAGAUGGUGGAAAGGUGUCAAUAUAUUUCAGAGAGGAUACAUUAUAAUACCAAUCCACGGAACGUCGCACUGGAGCUUGGUAAUUAUUUGCAUUCCUGCAAAAGAGAGUAAUUCAGGACCAAUCAUACUUCAUCUGGACUCCUUAGGGAUGCAUCCUAGUGCUGAGAUUUUUGAGACGGUUGGGAGAUACCUUGAAGCAGAAUGGAGCCACUUAAGGAAGAACCCUCCUUCUGACAUUUCAAUUUCAGAGGCAAUAUGGGAGGAUCUUCCGAGGAAUAUACACAAGGAAAAAGUUGAGGUUCCAGGCCAGAACAAUGCGUAUGACUGUGGCAUCUUCAUGCUUUAUUAUAUUAAACAGUUUAUAAGGCAAGCACCUGAAAGGUUCACAAGAGAUAAUCUUGGCAUGUUUAGUCGCAGUUGGUUCAGACCUGAAGAUGCUUCUGAUUUAAGAAAGAGAAUUCGGGAACUACUGCUGGAACAAUUUGAAAGUGAAAUGGUUGAUGAUGCUAUCUCAGAGGCAGCCACAUCUGAUGGCUCUGAUGAAGAAGGUAUCAUUAAGGAAGGACAAUCGGAAGUGGUCACAACUUGUGACAGUUCUGAAAUGCUCGUAGGAGGUGGAGACGCUAGCACUAGUGAUGAAGACAUCGUCGAGGUUGGAUCAUUGGAAGAAGCACCUUCAAUCAGAGAAUGUGUUCUAUCGGAAGCAGCUAUGUUUUCCGAUGGCACAAAGGAUGACGUGGAUACCGUGAAUUUAGGCUCUGUCAGCCCAAAAGCUAAACCUUGGAAUGAAAUUUUUCCUUCUGGCGGAUCAGAGAACAAUGAAGUGUUCGUACAUAGAGCACCAUCUCCAGACAUAUACUCUGACAGUGAUAUAGAGAUCACAGGAGUUCGGAAUCGAAGACACGACCGGCCAACAUACUGCAUUGGAUGAUACCUGCUGCAUUUCAAGGAUGACAUGAAGUGGCGUUGACCCAUGAUUUUGAGGUUCCUGCUUCAGUAUGACGACUGAUGGCAUGAACUGUGAUCUCAGGUACCAGUUACAACUUACAACAUGCCAACCUGAUAAUAGUAGGCAAAAUUAAAUGCUUCUAAUGCAUUGCAGGGCAACACGCAUGCAUAGUCUGGCUCUUGCUGUGGUAGUAAAUUUUUGUUACAAAGGUCAUAGGCACGGGCUUGGAGAAAACUGUAUAGUGUGCAGGUUAAGCAUCUAGCUAGAGCUGAGAGCAUUUCCAGAAUUUAAGUUCUGGAGCUAGACCUCGGACUGCUAAAGAAAUAUAAGAUAUCAAAAUACUAUCAAAACAGUUUCAUUCUCUUU